CUGUUUAUCGUCUAUAGCUGCAGAAAUAUUGUUGAAUAUUUUGUCAUUGUGGUUUAUGUGAUAAAAGUAUUUUUAUUUCAGGGGUCCACCGUGCAAAGACAGGCAAGCUGUAAGGAGCGGGCCAAAGAAUUUCCAACCUACAAGGACAACGACUUUCUCGAAGAAAAGUGUCAGUUGUAUUUAUCGGAAGAUUCCAUGCAAAGGCUCAUCGAACUUCUGAUGGCUGAUACGGAGUUCUUGGCUGGUCUGCAUCUAAUGGAUUAUUCGUUGUUGGUUGGAAUCCAUUUACUCGAUCAGCCGUCGAACGCGAACGAUGACCACACGGAAGGCGACGCUGACGCAGACGAGGCCGAUGAUGGGGACUCCAGUGUCCCGGACAAUGAAUCGACAGGUUCGAACGAUUUUAGCCAGCCAACGCCCCCUGAUUCGCCAGUGCCCUUUAGUGGUGCGUUUGCUCCUUUUACUAUUUCGAGCAGCAAUAUCGAUCUCGAUGACGAUUUCUACGCCGUUCCUUCUCGGCCAGAUGCACCAGAAAGGGCCAUUUACUUCAUUGGUCUGGUGGACAUAUUGACUUAUUAUGGUGUUAAGAAAAAAACCGCAGCUGCUGCAAAGACCGUCAAGUAUGGCCCUGAAGCGGAGAUUUCUUCGGUUAAACCGCAGCAGUAUGCAAAACGCUUGGUUGACUUCGUUGUCAAAGCUGUGAACUGUGAACAAAAGACUGUCGCCGUCUCCACCAUUGCUUUUUGA